UUUCCUCCUCCUCCUCCUUCUCUCUUCCUUCUUUUCCUUCUCCUUCUCCUCUGCCUCCCUGAGGCGCCUCUUGGCCGCAAAGUUUUCCCGCCCCUCCGGAGAGACAUGGCUCCCCUUCCGUCCUCCAGAGGACCCUGAAGGCCACUUGAGAGGAGCCCAGAAGACCCCCAUGGCCUCAGCCCAAGGCAGCAGCUGAAGCAGCAGCAACCCAACUGAGAGCGAGGCAUGUCUUCUGCCCCGGGCCCCGCGUCUGCUGCUCCUGCGGCGGGGGCCAUGUGGCCCUCGGGGCCGUCGUCGGGCAAGCUGCCUUCCCCGCGGGAGUCUGCGCUGCGGAGGGCGGCCUUCGCCGGGAACCUGUCGGCGCUGCCUCUCCACUGGGCGCCCAGCGGCAGGAGCGUCCGGGUCUUCGUCAGCGCCAACCCCGAAGAUACAGUAGCAGAAAGAAGUGCAUUACGGGAACAUGUGUAUCCUAAGCUUCGGGAAUUCUGCAGGGAAAACUAUGGGAUGGAAUUUCAGGUUAUCGAUCUGUAUUGGGGAGUAGAACCAGAAGAAUGGGAUAGCCCAGAGCUCCAGAAAACCCGUAUGAGGCUAUUAGAAGAUUGCCUGAAAACAUCUGCAGGUCCAUGUUUUGUUGGCCUUUUGGGAGAAAAAUAUGGAAGUAUGCGAAUACCAGGAGAAGUGGAAUCAUCAGAAUUUGAAAUGAUUCUGGAUGCUGCUGUUGAGGCAAAACUGGAAACAAGGAUUUUGGAAGAGUGGUAUUGCAGAGAUGAGAAUGCAGUGCCGCCGACUUAUUACCUCAAACCAAAACCUGAUAUUCUGAAGAGCAAUCCCAAUAUGAUGGAAGCAUCCUCAAACCCUGUAAGUGAAUCCAAAUGGCAGGAAGUAUCAGAAGAAAUUAAGAUGAUUUUUAAGACAGCUGUGAAGAUGCUAUAUGAAAAGGGGAAAAUGAAACACAGUCAAGCAAAGAGAUAUCUUUCCUCUGCUAUCGAAGAUGAAUUUGAUUUUGCAUUAGGAAAACAAACCCCAGCUUUCCUAAAGAAGUGUGUUUGCUACAUUCGGAAGAUUGCAAACAUAGAGCGUUUUGUUAAAGUUCCAGAGAUGGAGAAAUACAUGGAUGUACUUCAUGCAGGUGGAAAGCAUGUGCGUGACCCAGAAGCACUUGAAAAACUCAUCAAACUCAGGGAUGAAUUUGUUCCUACCAUUGUUGCAUCAUCUAAUUUGAGAGUCUACACUUCUGUUACCCAUUGCGACAUCAAACAUGGUUACACCCAAGAAGUGGAGAACCAUUAUAUUGAAGGGCUUGGCAAACAGUUUUAUGAGGACAUGGUUGAUAUAAUUCAGGCAACCGUGCAACAGAAUUUUGACAUAGAGACAGACUGGCUCUAUGAUGAAGUCCUUCAACAUUCCUCACUAUGUAGAACCUACUCUUCAUUCUAUGAAUACAAGUGUGACGCUAGGAAUAUUAUGCACAAAUACCUUCUGCCUAGGAAAAUGGGCCACAUUAACCCUCUUGUCAUAUAUGGAGGACCAUGCACUGGAAAAACCUUUUUAGUAGCAGAAGUGGCAAAGAAGGCUUAUGCUUGGCUGAAGGAAGAAAUGGGACCAGAAUCAGAUCCUGUAGUAGUUAUCAGAUUUUUGGGAUCCACUGAGAUGAGUACAGACCUUAGGAACCUGCUUCAAAGUAUUUGUGAACAAUUAGCAAUUAACUAUCGAUGCCUUGUACAAAAUUAUCCCAAAAAAAUCCACGACCUCCGGGAGCUAUUUAUAAACCUUUUGAAUGAGUCUUCAUUUCACAGACCUCUGGUUAUGAUAUUUGAUUCUGUAGAGCAGCUUUCAGAUAAUGAUGAUGCUAGAAAGUUAUGGUGGCUACCUGUGCAUUUGCCCCGUUCAGUAAGAAUUAUCUUGUCAACACUGCCAAACAAACACGGAAUCCUGCAAAAACUGAGGUGCCUUAUACAUGAUGAGGAUAACUUCAUUGAAUUGAUUUCUAGGGACAGAAAGAUGUGUAGUCAAGUUCUCAAGCAUCAGCUGCUCCAAGUUAAGAGAAAAGUAACAUCAGGACAACAAAUCUAUGUCAAUGAAGCUUUUUCCAGGUGCACACUGCCUAUGUUUGUAAACUUAACCUUUAGAGAGGUCCGAAACUGGAGAUCUCAUAAAGAUGUUGAUGAGUCUUCUCUCUGUGUGACUGUCCAUGAUAGCAUAGAGCAAAUGUUCUGGUCACUAGAAAACAACUGUGGACCCAGACUUGUAUCACGGGCCCUUGGUUAUAUCACCAUGUGCAAGUCUGGUCUGAGUGAAAUGGAACUGGAAGACGUUUUGGCUCUUGACAACACAGUCAUGUUUGAACUAAACGAGAACAUCAGGCAGCACAACCCACUGAGAAUACCUUACAUUUACAUUGCAAGACUGAAAGAAGGACUAACUGGAUACCUGAUAGAAAGACAAGUUAAAAAUGUUACCCUAUUAGUAUGGGCAAAUAGGCAUCUGCAGCUUAUUGCCCAAAAGAUGUAUCUUCACAAUGAAGAAGAUGUUCAUGAAAUGCAUACUGUAAUGGCUGAAUAUUUUCUGGGUGUUUGGUCAGGAGGCAGAAGGAAGUCUCUUUACAGUGAAGACCAGUAUCUAAAUGGUUGCCUUGAUAGUGACAGCAGGAGCAUGAAUGAUGAGGAGAAACACAUAAUGGAUCAAACAAAUUUUGAUAGGCAGUCACCUGAUCAGCCUUGGGUAUUCCAGUGUAACCCUUUGGAGCCUGACAUCUUUUUUGUCAACCAUAGAAAAAUGACAGAGCUUUUGCACCACUUGACACAAUGUGGAAAAACAGAUGACAUGCUGUAUGGUGUCAUUAUGAACUUCAGUUGGCUAUACACCAUGAUCAAAAUUGGGCAGUUUGACAAAGCCCUCUCUGAUGUGGAAUUGGCCUAUAACUAUUCACAAGAAAAGGAACUAAAAUUCCUUGCAAAUACACUUCGUGCCAUAAAGUACAAAGUAAUAAAAUACCCAGGCACUCUCUCUGCUGAAUUACAACAGAGGCUUCUUCCAGUUGUUAGCUCAUUGCCUAAAUUGAGGCAGCUUCUUCUGGAAUGUGAUAAAGAUGGUCCUAAAUACUGCUCUAUUGUUCCAUUGCAUUCUUCAAUGGAUGUAACUUACAGCCCUGAGAGAUUACCUUUGUCUUCUAGUUGCACUCAAAUCACUGAAAUCUUGCCUACUUUUAAUCCAAGUACAGUCAUUGUAGCUCUAGAAAAUGGCUCCAUCAGUACUUGGGAUGUGGAGACACGUCAGCUAUUACGGCAAAUUACAACAGCUCAGUCAGUAAUCUUGGGCAUGAAGCUGACUAGUGAUGAAAAAUACCUUGUUGUGGCAACAACAAAGAACACACUCUUGAUUUAUGACAACCUAAAUUCUUGCCUUUUGUCGGAGGUAGAGAUUAAGGGAUCAAAGCAUGGUGGAAUUGGUAUAGGCUCCAGUUUUAUAAAUGGAUUUACUCUAUCAGUAAAUCAUGCACUUUCAUGGCUAGAAGCUAGCAAAGACAUUACUGUGAUAGAUCUACUUUAUGGAUGGCCACUUUAUCAGUUCCAUUGCUGGUAUGAAGUGACUUGUGUCCAGUGUUCCCCGGAUGGAAUGUAUGCUUUCUGUGGACAGUACUUGAAUACUGCAUCUGUAUUCCAUUUAGGCAGUGGAGAUAAGCUGGCCACUGUGACCUCAGAAUUUUCUGGUGGGUUUGUCAAAUUUCUUCUAGUCCUAGAUACAGCUCAAGAGAUGGUGAUGGUCGACAGUGAAGGUGGUCUUUCCAUUUGGAACACAGAGGAAAUCACCAAUCCCCAACUGACAGAUGACUUUGAUUGCAAGAGAGGGGAUAGCGAAUUUGUCAGUAUUGAACUAGCUGAAGACCAAAGUGCAAUUUUAAUAUGUAAGUCACUCAAUAUAGAGCUUCUGGACACUGGCAUGUGGAAAGUAGUUGAAAAGUUUAGAGCUAAACACAAUGAGCGCUUUGUAUCAGCCGCGUUGUCCAAAAAUGGUGACUGCAUUGUUGCUUCUAUUGAAAAUACCUCUGCCAUUUUUGUUUGGAGGAGAGACACAGGACAAUGUAUGGCAAGCUUACAAGAAAUCUCAGGAAACAUUGUCAAAUUAAUUAAGUCGAAUCAUCAUAACAUGCUGCUAUCCUUAUCUACCAGUGGUGUCCUUUCUAUCUGGGAUAUAGAUAUUAUAACUGCAAUGUCCAACAUUGACAAAACUGGCAAGCCAAUCCAAAGACUGAUAUUGCCUGCCAAAGGCGAAGUGAUUUAUACACUUGAUGGCUCUGAAGUUAUACAUAAAUGGAACUUUGGCACAGGAUUCAUUGAAGCUGUAUUUAAGCAUGAAAGUCUUGUUGAAAACUGUGUGCUGACCUCCAAUGGAAAAUUGAUGAUUACGUCCGAUGACAAAUGCAGUCAAUAUGUAUGGCAAACUAGUACUGGUGAAAAUCUCUUCCGCAUUAAUGGACAAAGAAUAAGCCAGCUGUUGAUAACACACAAUGAUCAGUUUGUUGUCUCCCUCUGUGAGCAAAAUGCAUCCAGAGUUUGGAGACUGGCAACAGGCCAUAGAGUUUGCAAUAUUCUUGUUGCCUUACAGAAUGCAUUUAUAACCACUGCUAAUACAUUUGUAGUUGGAAUGACAAAAAAUAAAGUGUUGGCAGUAAGUCUCUGGACAGGGAGUAUAACCAAGAAAUUCUGUUGCGAUGAUGGUAUAACCAUAGUUGAUAUCAAACUGAUCCCAGACUGCCCUGACAUAGUUGUCUUUAUAACAUCUACUGAAACUGUGAACAUUUGGAGUCUUGCUGAAGAAGUCAUCUGCAGACGUGUACAACUCCCUAACACUUUUCUCAAGACUUUAGAGGAUUUUGAAAUAUCUCCCAAUGGAAAACUGGGGAUCAUAUCCCGUGGUGAUGAGAAUAUCAAUGUACUUGAUCUUCACAGUGGCAAGCUCCGGGUUGUCCAUGCUUCUGGCAUCAUCUGGAGGCAGAGGUUGUCUCAGGAUGGUCGCUACCUUGUGUACAUUUGUUUUCGCACAGGUGAAGAGGAUGAUGAUAAUGGUGCAAUUUCUAUCCUAAUUGUAAUGAGAUUGGCAGAUGGGAAAAAUAUUGGUGCUUGUUCCCUUUAUAAAACUCCAACUUUCCUCGCUCUUUCCCAGAGGCAUUUAAACAUUAUUGUAGGCUUUGAUGACGGAAGCAUAGGCACUUACACUGUAGUGGAUCGAGUGGAUGCAGCAUUGAAAAUUAAAAUUGCUACUUCAAAUAGCCGACAGAUUUUCAACAAUGCAACACAAGUGAUUAGACCAAAGUGUCACAGUUAUAGCUUCAAGGUGACAGCAGACUGCAUAUGGAGGGAAUCUACAGAAGUGUUUGCAAGAGACAGUCCCAUCACAGUGGCAGACCCAGAGGCAACUGAAGCAACCCCAACCAAAAAACACAACUAUUGCUAUGACAAAGUGUGUUCUGCCAUCGAUUGCAGAGGGCAUGGGUUCACUGCUGACAAUUGAUUAUGUACAUUAUUGACAAAAUAGUUCAUUCCAUAUAACAAAUUUCUGUUCAUCUUAUUUAUAUUUUGUUAUAACAAGUUUGAAAAGAAAAAUAUUUAAAAUGAAUGGGCUACAAGUUUAAAUACUCAACUAUGAGUCUUGAUCCAAGGUCCUUGACUGGAGAUUUCUAGCAAUAUCAUCAUUAUUUUGACAUUAUAAAAAAAUUGAAAAAAAUAUUUUAAAGCUUUUUAACAAGACAUGAAGCUACAUUUCAUAUUGGAAUGAGGCAAGCCAGCCAUUUUUUAAAAAACCCAGGUGGCCGUAAGCCUAAUUCCCCAGCUCACAUGCAAAAAUGAAUUUUAUCCUUCUAAUGGUGCACAUGAUGGGAUACCUGGAAGACUUGAUGCAUUCCAUAAACAUUUGAAUUAGUAGCUACUACUGUUAUUUGAAAAAAAAUUAACAGGAGAGAGGCACAAUCCAAUUGGUGUUUAGCACUUUCAAGUCUAACUGAUUUGAUUAGAAACAAAAUAAAUCUCCCUAGACAACCUUACUUCACUUUGCUUGGAUUGUAUCCAUUGUUUCAAAGGAAAUAGUAUAGAAGGUGAAACUCUACAAAUAGCAACAUGUGAGGUAGCAAAACAUCUUAUAAUCAAAAAUGCUUUUAAGUAAAUUGUAUGUCUGGACGUGUAUCGCAGUUCUUUUGUUAUAAAGGUACAAAUGGUAAGAACUGCUGAUUAUCUAGGUCAAGUAAGAAAGGGUCGUAACUCCUGAAAUGGUGUUGUUUUCUGUCUCUUUCACAGUGUAUUUUAGUACUGUGUACAGUCAGCCCUUCUUAUACACGGAUUUUUUAUACAUGGAUUCAAGCAUCUAUGGUUUGAAAAUAUUCA